AAAUAAAAAUAAAAUCAAUUUAAAGGCCCUUUUUAUAAUUUGGUAGCAUUCUUUCUCUGUCCCCUCUGAAAUCAGAAACGUAUCUGCCUUUUCACAUUUCCUCAAUCUUUGCUUUUUUGUUCCUUAUCAAAGAGAAUCUUUACCUUCUUUCUCCUUCAGUUAUUGUCAUUACCAUUGCUUUGUCUUUGUCCGUUUCCUCAUGAGUCAGUUGAUAUUUAUGCUUAUUCAAUCCUCUUAAAGAGGUUUUAUCAUCAAUUAUACAUAUUGUGGGUGGGUUUUGUCUGAAACCCCUUUUUCUGUGUUUAUUUCUCUCUCUCUCGCUUUCUUACAGUUAAUUAAACAAGGAGAUUCUGUGCUCAAAAAGUUUGUAGCUUUAUUGUUACAUACCAAAUGGGGCUAAACUGGGAGAAAGAGGUGUAAGAAAUUUUCUCCAUUGAUGAUCAACUGUUUCAAAGACCCCUUUCAUGUUUUGAUGACUGUUUUGCUUUCCAGCAAUGAUGAUGAUGAUGAUGGUCAUGAAGAGACUAUUGUUGAUCAUUUGGAUGGUCAUAGGAAUGAUGAACCAGAAGAAGUGGACACAAAGGUUUGUCGUACUCUCACCCUGAGAAGCAGUCUCAGAAAGGUGGAUUCGAAUUCAACAGAAGCUGACAAGGUUAAGAAGAAGGUACAAUGGGUGGAUGUGGCGGGGAUAAAAGAGCUUGCUGAGGUUCGAGAAUUUGAACCAAGUUGAUGUGAGUGUCUCAUUUUCUUGCAGUGGAGAUGAUGAUAUUGACUCUGAUGAGGAGAAAAAUUGUGUUUGUGUUAUCCUGUGAUCUGUCCAUUUUAGUUUUAGUGGAGGAUCCAAAGGCAAAGGACAAAGGACAAAGCUGGUGGCUCCAGCCAUAUACAGAGAGAAUCUGCAUUUGUGUACAUACUGAACUGAAGCAUUCUUUUCUUCUUGUCUAGAAAAUGCUGCUAAAUAGAGAGUAUUAUAGAUCUGUUAACCUCAUUCGUUCGUUUCUUCAAAACCAUUUUUAAUGGAGUAUGUUGCAAAUUUAGCAAUCGCUAUGUACAUCGAUAUCUACUUAUGCAUAUGAGUUUAACAUGAACUAUGUAAAUCAAAUGCUACAUGACAACUUGGCUUCUGUAGUGUUUUGUGUUGUCUUCUUGCAAGAAUGUAAAUAAUAAACGGAUCCAAGUGAAGGGAGCUGCCAAUUCUAUG